AAGAACAGAUGACAAUAAACUGUUUGAGCCACAACAAGGUGGAGCGCCACAGAAGAGGGGGGAGUUGCGCUCUUUACGCACGGCGCGAGGACAUCUCUGCAGUGCGCCCUGACGCGAGCGCUGCGUUCUGAAGGGGCUCCGCUUUGGAACCAAAGACUUUUUUCUGCUUUAAAGCUUGGUGGGGGGUUCUGCUUCGGUGGUUGAGAUGUCGGGACAGAAACCGUCGUUGAAGACCGGCGGCUCCGCUCAAAGCCGCUUUCAGGUUGACGUGGUCACGGAGGCUUCGUCCGCUGCAUCUGCGGGUCAAACCCCUCCGGUCCCUGGGACCAUCGAUGGCCUGCGGCCUCCUGAGGAGUCCAGGGGACGGUUCAGGGUGGUGGGCUUUCUGGACCCCGGUGCGCUUGGCACCGCCUCGGACAUUGGGCUCCCCCCGGACGUCUUCCACGAGCCGGACGGUACAAAGAGCGACUCAGUGAGCCUGCACUCCACCGGCACGGGCCACACGCACAUCUCUGACUCCCAUUCCAACACCUACUACAUGCGGACCUUCGGCCACAACACCAUCGACGCCGUCCCCAACAUCGAGUUCUACCGGCAGACUGCGGCGCCUUUCGGGGAGAAGAGGACCAGACCGUCCCUGUCGGAGCUGCACGAUGAACUCGAUAAAGAACCAUUCGAGGACGGUCUGGCCAAUGGAGACGAACCAUCGGCAGCCGAAGAGGCAGCAGCUUUGAUGGCCAAAGAGGCGAAAGGAGGGAUGGUCAAGUUCGGCUGGGUCAAAGGAGUCCUGGUGCGCUGCAUGCUGAACAUCUGGGGCGUGAUGCUCUUCAUCAGGAUGUCCUGGAUUGUGGGUCAGGCUGGAAUUGGACUCACGAUUGCGAUCAUUCUGAUGGCUACUGUGGUCACCACCAUCACCGGUCUGUCCACUUCAGCUAUAGCAACCAACGGCUUUGUCCGAGGAGGUGGUGCAUAUUACCUCAUCUCCAGGAGUCUGGGGCCAGAGUUUGGAGGCUCCAUUGGCCUCAUCUUUGCCUUUGCCAAUGCAGUGGCUGUGGCCAUGUACGUUGUAGGCUUUGCUGAGACUGUUGUGGAGAUGCUCAACGAUGUGGAUGCUCUGAUGUUUGACGAGUUGAAUGACAUUCGCAUCGUUGGGACUCUGACCGUCAUCCUGCUGCUGGGAAUCUCUGUGGCCGGAAUGGAAUGGGAAGCCAAGGCUCAGAUUGUCCUCUUGGUGAUCCUGUUGGGAGCCAUCGCCAACUUCUUCAUAGGAACCGUCAUGCCAUCCGAAAACAAAAAGCCAAAAGGAUACUUUGGUUAUCAAACUGCCAUUCUCGUGGAGAACUUUGGACCAGAUUUUAGGGAUGAAGAAACCUUCUUCUCUGUGUUUGCCAUUUUUUUCCCAGCAGCCACUGGGAUCCUGGCUGGAGCCAACAUCUCCGGUGACCUUGCUGACCCUCAGUCUGCGAUCCCUAAAGGAACCCUGUUGGCCAUCCUCAUUACAGGACUCACCUAUGUGGCUGUUGCCAUCUCCACAGGUGCAACUAUUGUCAGAGAUGCAACCGGUGACCAUAACGACACAGUGGUGGACACAGUGAACUGCACAGACGCUGCCUGCACACUCGGCUAUGACUUUUCCAUCUGUGAAGAGGGGGGCUGCAAGUACGGCCUGAUGAACGAUUUUCAGGUGAUGAGCCUGGUGUCGGCCUUCAGCCCUCUGAUCUCUGCAGGCAUUUUCUCUGCUACUCUGUCCUCUGCUUUGGCCUCGCUGGUCUCUGCUCCCAAAGUCUUUCAGGCUCUCUGCAAAGACAACAUCUAUCCCGGGCUGAGUGUGUUUGCGAAGGGGUAUGGAAAGAACAACGAGCCUCUCCGGGGUUACGUCCUAACUUUCUGCAUCGGCCUCGCCUUCAUCCUCAUCGCCGAGCUGAACGUCAUUGCUCCCAUCAUCUCCAACUUCUUCUUGGCUUCUUACGCACUCAUAAACUUUUCUGUCUUCCACGCCUCUUUGGCCAACUCUCCAGGGUGGCGUCCUAGCUUCAAGUACUACAAUAUGUGGGUAUCCCUGGCAGGAGCCAUCCUGUGCUUCGUGGUCAUGUUCGUUAUCAACUGGUGGGCGGCCCUGGUCACCCUGCUGAUUGUGCUUGCUCUGUACAUCUACGUCAGUUACAAGAAACCAGAUGUGAACUGGGGUUCAUCCACUCAGGCUUUGAUCUACAACCAGGCUCUGACUCAUAGUCUGAACUUGACUUCAGUCGAAGAACAUGUGAAAAACUUCAGGCCACAGUGCUUGGUGCUGGCCGGUUAUCCGAAUUCUCGACCCGCUCUGCUUCAGUUGGUCAACUCUUUCACCAAGAAUGUGAGCCUCAUGGUCUGCGGUCACAUCCGAACGGUCUCCCGAAGGCCCAACUUCAAAGAGCUGACUCAGGAUUACGCUCGCUGUCAGCGCUGGCUCUCCAAGAAACGCAUCAAGGCGUUUUAUGCUCCAGUUUUUGCAGAGAACAUGAGGUACGGAGCGCAGCUACUUCUGCAGGCUGUUGGUUUGGGACGUCUGAAGCCUAACACACUGGUCAUGGGCUUCAAGAACAACUGGAGUGAUGGAGACAUGAGAGAUGUGGAGAACUACAUCAACAUCAUACAUGACGCUUUUGACCUGCAGUUCGGAGUUGUAAUCCUCAGACUUCUGGACGGACUGGACAUCUCUCACAUUCAGGGACCAGAUGAGCUGCUGUCAUCCCACGAGAAGCCACCAGUGGGCGCCAAAGAUGCCUUAAUAUCUGUCAACUUGGUGAAAGACUCGGACUCGGACUCCUGCCCUUCAAAGUCCACCAGCAACCAAAGCAGCCCACUCAUCAUACGAGCUACAGAUAUCAAGUCUCCUCUGAGUCUAACUGACCAGCGGCUGCUGGAGAGCAGCCAACAGUUUAAGAAGAAACAAGGCAAAGGAAGCAUCGAUGUGUGGUGGCUGUUUGAUGACGGAGGUCUGACUCUGCUCAUUCCAUACCUGCUGACCAAUAGGAGUAAGUGGGGCGACUGCAGGAUCAGAGUCUUCAUCGGAGGGAAGAUCAACCGAAUCGACCAUGACCGUCGAGCAAUGGCCACGCUGCUCAGCAAGUUCAGAAUCGAUUUUUCUGACAUCAACGUCCUCGGGGACAUCAACACCAAACCCAAGAAGCACAAUAAGCUGAGCUUCAAGGAGCUCAUUGAGCCGUACAGGCUGAAGGAGGACGACAUGGAGCAGGAGGCUGCGGAGCGGCUGAAGGCUCAGGAACCUUGGAGAAUCACGGACAAUGAACUGGAGCUUUACAAGGCCAAGACCAACCGUCAGAUCCGGCUGAACGAGCUGCUGAGGGAACACUCCAGCUCCGCCAAGCUCAUCGUGAUAAGCAUGCCUUUGGCCAGGAAGGGUACGGUGUCGAGCGCCCUCUACAUGUGCUGGCUGGAGACUCUGUCCAAAGAUCUGCCGCCGCUGCUGCUGGUGCGAGGGAACCACCAGAGCGUCCUCACCUUCUACUCCUAACACCCGCACACGGUCCUGCUGGCUGCUCUGAAUGUUUGCUUGGAUUCCAUUAAUAAAUUAAUCCACUCUGUCAGUGUUUGGUUUCUUUCAUGGAGGCUUUAACUCCAGUAAAACUUCAGUCUUUAAGUUUUCUUUGCAUUGACUGUGAUUUCUGAAUAUGUGAUUGUAUUCUGAAGGUGUAUUUUUACUUUUAUGAGGCAGAACAAAGUAACAGUUAACUUAAUUUUGUACACUGUUUUAUUCAAGUAUUAACUAAAUUGUGUGUGUGUGUUUUUUAAAUAAAAAAUUGUUGCUUUUUU